AUGUCUCACAACAUCCUCAUCACUGGCGCCUCGGGCUACCUAGGCGGUACCCUUCUUGCUCGUUGGAAAGAGGCCAAGCUACCAGCACACAACCAAGUAUACGCCCUCAUACGCACAGAAGAACAAGCCAAAGCAGUCCAGGAACUAUACAAUGCCUUACCCGUCAAGAUAGACCUUAGCAGUGACGCCGACAUCGAACAGGCCAUCAUCAGCCGCGACAUAAGCGUCAUCUACUACCUAAUCGAUCCUUUGGAAGACCGAAUCCCUAGGGCCAUGAUCCGUGCUUUGAGUACAGUCAAGUCAAAAUCUAGAAGACAGGAUGUCCAUUUCUUGUUUGCGUCGGGAGCGAAGAUUUUCAGUAGUCAUACGGGUCUGCCAUCAGACCGAGAAUUGUUGGAUACGGAUGAGAGGCUUUAUGAUCUUUUGAAGAAUGCGGAGGGCAGUCAACCGCUUCUCGCGCAGGCAGGCAAGAGAAACGUGCAAGUCAUUGACGACGGGGCCUCUCUCGGUGUGCGAAGCUACAUCUUUGUUCCCUGCAUUGUCUACGGCAAGGGGGAAGGAUUCGGAAAUCCGAUUUCCAUCCAGACUGUAGCCGUGAUUCGAGCGGCUAAAAAGAUGCGCAGGAUCUAUACUGUUGAUGACAGUUCAGCUCCAUGGCCGGUAUGCCAUAUACGCGAUAACACAGCUCUCUUCCUCUCGAUUCUUCGAGCCAUCCUCGCGGGCGAGAAUCCAAGUUAUGGAAAGGAAGGGUUCUAUCUUGCCUCCUCGGGACUCGUAAAAUGGCACGAUCUUUACCGCGCAUUUUCCAAAAGACUGCUUGAACGGGGCGUUAUUGAUGAUGGUACCAUCACGCCGGCGGAUGAUGCCGCUUUGGAGCAGAUAGCGACGGUGUUGAAGGGGUCGCCGUCAUUUGUGCCUGCGGAGAUUGGUGGUCGAUGCACCUUCACGGCUGCUCGGGGUCAAACCAUCGGGUGGAAGGCGGAGUAUCCGCCUGAGCAUAUCUUUGAGGCUGCUGGAGAAGAGGUUGAUUUGGUUCUUCAGCACUCGUAG